GCGGGACCCCCCCGAGCACCUCCUCCAGAAAAGCCCCAGCUGGCUAGGGGGUGAGGAAACGGCGAGGGGAGGGGGGAAUGGCAUUAAAAAGAUCCCGAAAAUGUUUUCCUUUAAAAAAACUACUCACUCCCCCCUAAAAUCCUAAAAAGAAACUGUAAAUCCUUGGUAAAUGAAUAAAUAGAUAAGCCACCCGAGGGCCUUGCCAGCGGGCGCGUGGGCUGCACCGGGCCCGUGCCUGGGUGCUGCAGGCCCGGGGCUGCCUGCGGCAGUGAGCGGGAGCGGUGCGGGCAGCGGGGGCCCAGCUUUGGCCUUGGCCCAGGGGGUGCCAGCGGGCCGAGCGGGUCCUCUCCCCAUCCCCAUCCCCAUCCCCGUCCCCAUCCCUGUCCCCACGGCGUAGGGCACGAGCGCGCGCCCGCGGCAGCGAAGUCUUGAGGGCGGCAGAGAGCGGGUCCUGGAGCCCCGGAGGGUUUCGUGCCCGUCCUCGGGCCCUGCCGGGUUGUCACGACGGGGCCGCGGCUUUCCCCGGCUAGAAGUCACCGCCGGCUGCCAGUCCGCUGCUGCGGGUGACCUGCGUUGCGGAGCAGCGCGGCGCGCGAAGGAGCGCUGGGCUGGACGGGGAGCCGAGCAGGACGGCGGGAGCCCCUCGCUCCCACCCCCACACAAGUGCUCCUCCAGCUCACUGCAUGCCAGCGCGGUCCGAUCCGCGCGAGGAUCUGACGGUGUGGGGUCUGCGGCCCUGCGAUGGCUCACCUGCAGAAGGAAGUGCCGCUGGCUCCUGGAGCAACUCCUGGUGAAGCUAACCCCGCCAUCCUUAGAUUCCUGUGUUUGGACAGGAUUUAUUUGCUGACUCUGCCAUCUUGAAAAAGAUGGGAAAGGGCUACAAGGUGGUGGUUUGUGGAAUGGCGUCAGUGGGAAAAACUGCGAUUUUGGAGCAGCUUCUCUAUGGAAAACAUACUGUUGGCUUAGAAGAGGGUGCAACAAUGGAAGAUGUGUAUUUGGCUUCGGUGGAAACAGAUCGAGGCGUAAAGGAACAGUUACGGCUUUAUGACACUAGGGGUCUGCAGGAAGGUGUAGAAUUGCCAAAACACUAUUUUUCUGUUGCUGAUGGCUUUGUUCUCGUGUAUGCUGUGACCAGCCUUGAAGCUUUCCAAAGGGUUGAACUGCUCAAAAAAGAGAUCGACGUCUUUAGAGACAAAAAGGAGGUAACUGUUAUUGUCUUGGGAAACAAAACUGACCUCCUGGAGCAAAGACAAGUGGAAACAGAAGCAGCACAGCAAUGGGCAAGGGCUGAGAAAAUCAGACUGUGGGAAGUGACUGUGACAGAUCGGAAAACACUGCUUGAGCCAUUCACCUUCCUAGCUAGCAAACUCUCCCAGUCCCAGAACAAAUCAACAUUUCCCCUGCCUGGAAGGAAGAGCAAAGGGAAUAACAGCGAUAACUGAGCCACUUUAACAUUGUUUGCUGCUGCUAAGGUCACAGUCUUAGCCUCUUUUCUGCCAUUUGCUUCUCACAAUUUCACUUAAAGCAAUAAUCUCAUUCAGCAAUAAAAUCAGCAAGGUUAUGGCUAA